GGCCGGCUGUUCGGUGUGUUCUUUGUUAAGUUUAUAUUUGAUUUCAACUUUUGUUUAGCUUUUAAAGUGUUUGUAGCGCUCUUUCUCAUUUAAAAGAACAGUUUUUGAUUGAAUGUAAUACAUAGAUGAGCCGGGCUCAUUGAAUAACGUGCUUACAAGCUUCCAAGUGAAAUAAGUCGGGAGCACAGGUGGUUGUUAAUCUCAUGUAACUUGUCUAUUAAAAAACUGGUGAAUCCCCGAUUUUGUGUUAAAGCUACAUUCAGCAACCCAGCAAGCUGUGAGCGGCCUGGUGGGACACGUCAGCAAUAAUUGGCGAAGCGUCGUCUUCGGAUCGAAAAAGUUAGUAUAUUGGACUAGAGGUUCAUCAUGGGCGACAGCGGAAACAACAUGCAGGCCAUAGAAAUAAAGCCUCGCGACUAUCAAUUGCGUCUGGUGGACUACUUAACCAAGCAUAAUGGCAUCAUCUACUUGCCCACCGGAUCCGGCAAGACCUAUGUGGCCAUCCUGGCACUCAAGCGCUUCUCCCAGGACAUGGACAAAACCAUCGAAGAUGGCGGCAAGCGGGCACUCUUUAUGUGCAACACCGUGGAGCUGGCCCGCCAGCAGGCGGUGGCACUAAAGCGCCACACCAACUUCAAGGUCGGAUUCUAUGUGGGUGAGCAGGGCGUAGACGAUUGGCCCCGAGGCAAAUGGCAGGAAGAAAUUCACGAUAAGCAAGUUCUGGUGGGCACCGCCCAAGUGAUUCUGGACAUGUUCGCUCAGCGCUACUUGGAACUUGGGUCCGUAAGCAUUGUAAUAAUAGACGAAUGUCACCACGGUACUGGCCAUCAUCCAUACCGCGAGUUCAUGCGCCUGUUCCUGUUCGUUGGCCAAAGCCAGAAGCUGCCACGCGUAGUGGGCCUCACGGGAGUCCUUAUCAAGGGAAAUGAAAUCAAGCAGGUGGCGAAGAAGCUCCAGGAGCUAGAGACGACAUUUCGCGGAAAAAUCAUCACCGUGUCCGACUCAAAGGAAAUGGAGAACGUGAUGCUUCACUCCACCAAGCCCAAGGAGUACCUGCUGAGGUUUCCAUCCCACAACCACACCUUUGAGGUUGUGAACAAAAUUAAUGACAGUAUUGACAGGUUCUCUCGAUGCUUAGACACAAUGACCAUUGGCAAGCAGCCAGUGCGCAUGUCGAAAGGAUUGCAGGCGCAGCGCGAUCCGCACAAGAAGGGUGCUGUCAAGUUAUUGUUCAACGACUUCAAGUUCCAGAUGAAGGAGUAUGGCAUAUACCCCGCCUCCAUAGCCAUUGUCUCGCUGAUUGUCGAGUUUGAAAUAAAAAAGCGCCAGGCGGAGACUAUCGCCCUAAAAUCUAUGUACAGAGGGGCCAUCCAGUUGUGCGAACAUAUCCGUCACCUGUUGGAUUUUAAACUCCAAGACAUGGUGAAUGAGGACGGCUUGGUGAACACGGAGGAUGUUAUCAUGAACUUCUCCACCCCGAAAGUACAGAGAUUCCUGCAAUACCUCAAGACGACUUUCGCCGGUAAGCAGCCAAAUGAUAUCUGCUGUCUGGUCUUUGUUGAACGCCGAUACUCCUGCAAGUGCAUUCUCGGCAUGUUGCUGGCCUUCAUCAAAAAUACGCCGGAGCUGCGCGACGUGCUGGUUCCGCAGUUUAUGGUAGGCCGAAACUCCAUCUCCCAGGAUUUUGAUAGCGUCCUGGAGCGCAAGUGGCAAAAAUCGGCCAUUCAGCAGUUCCGGGAUGGCGAAGCCAACCUAAUGGUCUGCUCCAGCGUACUGGAAGAGGGCAUCGAUGUUCAAGAAUGCAACUAUGUGCUCAUCUUGGAUGCUCUCAAGACUUUCAACAUGUACGUGCAAACGAAGGGACGAGCUCGCUCCAAGAAUGCCCAGUUCAUAAUGUUCGCGUCGGAAGUGGAGACAGCCAAGAUCUCACAGCAAAUUGGCCAGUAUCGCGAAGCUCAUGCCGAAAUUGCCGAGUAUCUGAAAGAGCGAGUUUUGGACCGAGCUGAACCACAACUAGACGAGAUUACCGAACACUUCCGGGACAUAAUACCGCCGUACAAGAACGAACAUGGCGCCCUUCUUUUGCCCAGCAACGCCCUCAUCCUGCUCCAUCGGUAUUGUCAAAGUCUGCCGUCGGAUGCCUUUGGCUUUGUGGUUCCGUGGAUCAAUUUGCUUGAGGACCGUGAGAGGCAAGAGAAAUUUGGUAAUUCUGCGGCUCGAAAGCCCGUGGUUUCCAUCACUAUGCCGCUAACUUCCAGACUUAAGGAAACGAUUUAUAGCGAUCCCAUGGACUGCGUGAAGUCCGCCAAAAUUUCGGCUGCUUUUAAGGUCUGCAAGCAACUCUAUCUUAUGGGAGAACUCAACGAGCGAUUCCUUCCCUUUACGCUGAAAGAGCGAAUAACGGCCAUUGCUGACAUCCACUUUGAGCACUGGAAGAAGUACGGUGACGAUGUGACUACGGUGGUCCGCAGGGAGGCGACAAAGAUACAAACCUACAAGACCGACUGUCCGGCGGAGUUUCUCGACGCCCGCCCCCGCGUUGGUGAAGUGUGCUACGCCUACGAGAUCUUACUGCAGCCGCGUUUUGAACAAAACGAUUACACGGAACAUAUGUAUCUAAAUCUCCAGACGUCGUGCAACUUUGCCCUUUUGUUGCGCAAUAAACUUCCCCGUCUGGCGGAGAUGCCGCUGUUCAGUCACCAGGGCGAAGUGUGUGUCCGUGUGGCGGAGACUCCACUAAAGGUUGUCAUCCAGAAUGAGAAACAGCUGGAGUUGCUGCAUCAGUUCCACGGCAUGCUGUUUCGCGAUAUACUAAGGAUCUGGCAUCCGUACUUCGUGCUGGACCGACGCAGCAAGGAGAAUUCCUAUCUGGUUGUUCCCCUUUCUGUGCUGAGCGAUGGUCAAGGUAAAGGCAUAGAUUGGCCAUUGGUCAUAAAGUUCCAAAAAUUGCCCCAGCCGGAGAAGGUCAGUGUGCAGCAGCGCAAGCAGCAGCCGGCUCCCCGUCCCGAGGACUUUGAGGGCAAGAUCGUCACUCAGUGGUAUGCCAACUACGAGGAAAAGCGCAUGUUGGUCACCAAGGUGCACAAGGAGCUCACUCCCUUCAGCCUGAUGGAGAAGAACCAUCAGGACAAGACUUACUACGAGUUCACGAUGUCCAAGUACAGCAACCAUAUCGAGGACGUUGUGCACCGCGACCAGUUCCUGAUCGAGGUUAGGGAAAUCACGGAGCAGCUAAACUUUUACAUCAAAAACCGGACAAAGAGUUCGGCACAGAGUAAGGCCAAGGCCAAAGUGGUUCUUAUACCAGAGCUGUGCUUCAACUUUGGGUUUCCCGGCGAUCUCUGGCUGAAGACUAUAUUCCUGCCAAGUAUUCUUCGGCGUUUGCAUUUCCUACUUCAUGCCGAGGCCCUGCGCAAGCGAUUUAAUGCCCAUCUCGGCCUAGACAAGCUUCCCAUCAAUGGAGUAAACUACAAGCCCAAGGCCCUGGAAAUCGAUUGGUCGCUCAAGAGGAACGUAGAUCCGCUGGGCAAUGCCGUGCCGAACGAAGACUUUGAGGAGCCGCGCUCCUUGCUGGAGCCGUUGCCUACGAAGUCAAUUGUGACGGAUAUGGCAAACCUAACGAUCGGCGACUUUGAAAAUUCCUGGCAGCAGUACAUGGAGCCGAAGGAUCUAUCGCGGAACAUAAUGAAUAUUUAUCCCGUGGAGCUGGCCUACUAUUACAACUUCACGAAGGGCCAUGUAUCGAAGAUCGAUGAUAUGGAGCUCGAGGAUAAAAAGUUCUGGACGGAGACGCAGUUCAAGAUGUCAAGGAAUGUUUACGGUACUAGAUCGGUAGCUAAGGCAAACAAUGGCCUGCCGGCUUUAAUGCCCUCCACCUCGAUAGUUGUCCCCGGCAUGGAAAGCCGCCUCUCCGUCCUGCAAAAGAGCGUGUCCGAUGACCACAUUACGCCAGCGGAGCAGGGACAAUUUCUGGCUGCCCUCACCUCGGCGGGGUGUUCGGAUGUUUACGAUAUGGAGCGUUUGGAGCUGUUAGGCGACUCCUUCCUCAAGCUAAGCGCUACACUCUAUCUGACCAGCAAGUAUCCGAAUUGGAACGAGGGCACCCUUACGCAGGUCAAGUCCAAAUUGGUCUCGAACCGUAAUCUGCUCUACUGCCUCAGCGAAACGGACAUACCAACGAAGAUCAACAAUUCGCUUUUAACUCCGAAAUACACUUGGAUACCGCCCAGCGUCAGUCUGCCGCACAACGUGUUAGCCUUGUGGCGGGAAAAACCGGGUCUGGCGGAACUGGUGGGACCACACAAUCUGCGCGCCUUGGUGCUCAGCGAGGAGGAGUCACUCACCAAGGGCACCUGCGACGAGCACACCUAUCGCAACUUCGUCGACAGCUGCCAGAGUAACGUGAACAGCCAUUACGCUGGUGCCGACUUCUCCGCGGAAGUGAACUUCUGCGUAGGUCAGACCAAGAUCGCCGACAAGGUGGUGGCCGACACCCUGGAGGCGCUGUUGGGCGUGAUUGUGAAGAACUACGGCCUGCAGCACGGCUUCCGGAUGCUGGAGUACUUUGGCGUUUGCAAGGCAGACAUUGGCAAACCCCUAUCCCAACUGUUGGACCUCAGCUUGAGCGGCGACAAGAUGCGGGCUAAUGUUACCACCACGGAGAUCGAUAGCUUUCUAAUCAAUCACACCCAUCUGGAGGAGAAUCUGGGCUACACAUUCAGGGAUCGUGGAUAUCUGCUGCAAGCCCUUACCCAUCCUUCGUAUCCCACUAAUCGCGUCACCGGCUGCUACCAGGAGCUCGAGUUUGUGGGAGACGCCAUUCUAGACUUCCUUAUCUCUGCACACAUUUUCGAGAACAAUGUCAAGAUGACCCCGGGCCAGCUCACUGAUCUGCGAUCGGCACUGGUCAACAAUACGACUCUGGCCUGCAUCUGUGUGCGGCACAGGCUUCACCUGUUUAUCCUAGCGGAGAACGCAAUGCUAUCGGAGACAAUAGCCAACUUUGUGAACUUUCAGGAGAUCCAGGGACAUCGGGUGACCAACCACGUACGCAUUCUGGUCGAGGAGAGUGACAUUCAGAGCUCUCCUCUGGACUAUGAUGAUGACGAUGACUUUGAAAUGACCGAGAUGAUGGGAGCUUCGAAAGCUCUUACACAGCAUGGAAAAGGUGAUACUCCGGUCAAGGGCGAAUAUAAUAUGUCACAGAAUGUGGAUGUGCCAAAGGCCCUAGGCGAUGUCCUGGAGGCUCUGAUUGCAGCUGUUUAUCUAGACUGUCGCGAUCUCAAACGCACCUGGCAAGUCAUAUACAAUCUUUUCGAGCCAGAGAUACAGGAAUUCUCGCGCAACGUGCCAGUUAAUCCGAUCCGCCAGCUCUUCGAGCACAAGCUAGCAAAUCCUGUCUUUAGUUCGCCCAUCGUCGACGAGGAUAAAGUGAUGAUGAGCUGUCAGUUCACCUGCAUGGAGAAAUCCAUCAAGGUAUAUGGAUUCGGCAACAACAGGGAUCAGGCCAAGAUGGCGGCUGCCAAGCACGCGCUCCAGAAGUUGGCCAAGUGCGAUGCCUAGGCCAAUGUCGAAUGCUCUCUCAACUUAUUUAACAACGAUGAUCUCCAUUACGCUUUUAAAGGAUAUUUCGAUCUCCGAAUGAUCUUCUAAAAGCGGAAUGUAGAUCAUCGUAGUUAAAUACAAAGUUUAAAGCACGACACACAUUAUUGCUUCUGUUAAUCAGUAAUAUAAUUGAACAAAUAAUGCAUUUUUUUUAGGCGCUUUGGAAAAAGGUUUAACAUGUUAAAUAUACAAAUGUAUAUGUAAAACCUCUAGUCCAUUUUAAAAUUGAAAAAUAUAGAGAUCACUUAGGACUUCCAA